CACUCAGGAUAGAAUUUCUCAUGCUUCUACAAGCUCAUCAGCAAGGCCUCAGAUCCCAUCAAGAACGCUGGGUAUUACACUUUGUGGAAAGAAUUGCAGGAGCUGUUUGGUGCAAAUAUAUAAUUUCAGAAAUGUUCCUCUAAAAUCUCCAUAGAGGUGUAGGUGUAGGAAUUGGCUUCUGUGUAUUCCAUUGAUUUCAUAACAAGUCGAGUGUAGAAGUUACAGGAAAAUGAGUGAAGAAAACACACUUUUGGAUCGGAUAAUUUUUCAUCCUCUUUUGUGUGAGAAUUGGAAAUACUUUAUGGAAGGAGCAGCCUAUCACCUUGCUAGUGUCUUCUUCCUCCUUGGCUAUAUGGGAGGUAGUGGAACUUUUGGAGCCAUCUACAUUUUUGGAUUCUUGUCCAUUGGCUUUCUUUGCUCGACUGUAUGGGGCUGGCUCAACGCUUGUGGAUUAGACAUAGUCAUUUGGAAUGUGCUUUUAUCUCUGAUCUGCUUGUUUCAGUUAGCACACUUAAUUUACCAACUCCGUAAAGACACUUUUUCUGAAGAAUUUGAUCUCCUGUACAAACAAAUUUGCCAGCCUUUGCAAGUGCCUCUCCAAACUUACAAAGAAAUUGUCAAGUGCUGUGAAGAACAGGUCUUGCCUUUGGCCAAAGAUCAAACCUACGCUGUGGAGGGCAAGACAUCAAUAGAUCGUCUGUCCUUCUUGCUCUCUGGCAGGGUUAAAGUAAGUCAGGAUGGACAGUUUUUACAUUAUGUAUUCCCAUAUCAAUUCUUGGAUUCCCCGGAGUGGGAAUCAUUACGGCCUUUUGAAGAGGGAACAUUUCAGGUAACUCUGACAGCAGAGACUGACUCCUGUUUCAUCACUUGGCAAAGGAAAAAGCUUUAUUCGCUUCUGGCUAAGGAGCGCUAUAUUGCUCGUCUCUUUUCUGUCCUCCUUGGCUAUGACCUCUCAGAAAAGCUAUAUGCCUUGAAUGAAAAGCUUUUUGCGAAGUUUGGCCUUCAGUUUGACAUCCGUCUGCCCAGCCUCUAUCAUGUCUUAGGACCUGCUUCAGACAUAGAGGUGGAAAAGGAAAUAGCAGAAUAUGAAGAGCCAGUAAUGCCCGUAGGUGAUUCACCUGCAGUUGGCCAAACAGCUCCUGUGGUUCCUUGCACCGUGUCUCAUUCUGCUCAUCCUAGGAAAUCUCGGCCUGACAGUGACCUGUCUGGUGAGGACUCUACCAGUCUUGUAUUGGAAGAUUUUGCUGAGUUGACAGGGUCUUUUAUGGACUAUAUGAGUGAAGGGGAGUAUUUGAAGUGAGUAAACAUGGGCACACAUCACCCUGAAUAACUUUGGGCAACCACCUGAGAACUAAUCAUCCUGGCCUUGCAAAAGGACGAGCCCCUCUGGCUCCAACUCAGACCCCAGAACUCUAGAGAACAGCAGUUGGGAAUCAAAGCCCUGCAUGGAGCAAUAAGAUCACUGAUCACCAAUCAGAAUGGCCUUCAUUACUUGUCUGUCAAACCAUAUAUAAAGUAUCUGUCAAUAUCAUGCACCUUGAAAGAUAUGCAUAGAAAAGUGAUGGGAUACUUUCCGGAGUGUAUUGAUCUGCUGUGGCACCUGGAUAUUUUUUGUAUUCUUAAACACUUGAUGUAUGUUAAAUAUAUUACAUGUCCUGGAAUUAUGAUGGUAUAAUUAAUUGAUGAAACUUGCUCCCUUUUGAGGUUCUGUUAAUUCUCUUCUUUCACAAAACGGAGAAGGAAGAAAGCAAUCUUCCAUUUGUUCCCUCCACUUUGGUUAUCAUUCGUGUGCUAGCUAAUGUGAGAAGCAGUCAUCCUUCUCACCAAAGCUAUAUUCUGAACAAAGGCAUCCCACAAUAACACAGAACUUAAAUAUUUAAACCCCACCCCCAGGCUGGGGUUAGCAUGCUAUCUAGAAAAUUCAGUUGGUAUAACAUGCAACAAAUAGGCUGCCAUCUGGUAAGAAAUAGUAGAAACAUAUUAUAGCUGUGAUGCAAGAUCUGCGCUGGUUGCCAGGUACUUUCUGGGUAAAAUUUAAGGAUUUGCCUUUAAACAGUUCAGAGCUUAACUACCUAGGGACCACAGUAUGAAUUUAUCCAGACAGUAACAUCUACAGAAGAAGUUUUCUUGAAGACGUAUUUGCUUUCCAAGCUCUAUUUAUUAGGCACUGAGAAGAAGGCAUUCCCUUAUGUUGCUCCCCAUUUGUCUCACUCU